GGACUAUAAACUCCCCAGUUGCUAAUUCUAAAGAUUUUUAGAAGUAUCUAAAGAUGAACGCUGAAGAAUAACAAGACAAAUUUGCUCUGCUAUCUUGUUCAUUGGUAUCAACCAUCGUGUUUUCAUCUUACGAUGCAUCUAAAUUCACAAUUAAAGCGUUCUCUUUUAAAUCUACAAGCCUGGUUCUGAGUAACGCUAGAAAAUCUUCCAAAUUUAACUACCAAUUGGAAGCAAGAAUAACAUGUGCAGUUUUACGUCAACUAAAGCUAAUUAACAGCAAUUUUUAUGUAGAAAUAACGCUGCAUGCCUAUAACACGCUGAACGCUUAUAACUAAAUUUACCUAAACAUGUAUCUGUAGCCAAGUUAUGGAGUAAACAAACAAUGUUAAAGGACAAGUGACACACUUUUCACCCUAUCGUUUCUUUUCAUUAACUUAUAGAUCAUCAUUUAGAAGUAAGUUUUUCCUGGUUUAGAACAAAAAAUUCUAAUCAGGGGGCGCAGGGGGCGCGAUUUUACUUUUUAUCACGUGACCCUAUGACGUACAUUGUGAUAACUCGGAAUUUUCCUGUCAUUGACAACAAGUAGCAUUUUGAGGAAUACGAAGACAAAAGAUCGGAUAACUCAGAAAAAACAUGGCAGAUUCUCAAACGGAUUUCGAUUAUGCAGAGAAUAACUCUUUGGAAAUCGUUCCAUACCAAUUUGAACCUCUUGUACAAAACAACUACCCGAAUACGAUCACGGAAACAUCAAGCUCCGAGGACGACCUAGAAAAUGGUGGCACGGAAGAAGAACAUCCCAGUGGACGAAUUGGAAAUACAGAAUGGUGCAAAUGUGGGAGUUGUGUCAGCAUGGACAAGGCAGCUGAGGCAAUAUGUUGCAGGGAGAUCGAAGCUGUUGAGAAUUUAUUGGGAGAAGAAGGGGUUAAUUGUAUUACAGCUCAUUCCGGAUUUCGUAGUUGCUGUCUUAACAUGCAUUCAGUUCGUGUGGCAUUAGAGAUUUAUUCUCAGUAUGUUGGACCCUUUGAUGGGACACAACCACCGCAUGAAACCUAUCGCCAUGUUGCAUAUCGGCAGCUUGCAAGAUUCCUCUAUGGACAUCUUGGACGUCAUAACCGCCGAGUUCACCCUUCCUGUGCAGUAGCUGCAAUAAGAAGAGCUUUCCCUGGACAAUCGUAUGCUGGAUUCCAGUAUUAUAUUCCUUGAUGCCUUGUCUUUAAAUUUUUUGAUUUUUGAAAUAUUUUAUAUUUUGAUUAUUGGAUUAUUAUAUUAGAUUGUUUUUUGAUUUACACUUCUCUAAAUUUCAACUUAUACCUACAUUCUUGAAUAUUAGUGAACCAAUUCAUAAUUUAUAUGAGUUAUGUCUAUUUUUAGUUAUGCCUACAAAUGAAAAUGCGAGGAACCUAAUAAGUAAUAGAAAAUCUAGAUCUGUGGUGUGCAAUAAGGUGAUCUUUGUCAGCUGUAGCAUAACCAGCAGUUAGAGGAGGUGGAGUUUCCUUCUGCCUUUCCUUUAUGUCAAGUGCAGCUUCUUUCAGCGUUGGAAAUGCUUCCCUCCUUGCCAAAACAUCUUGGAUGAGCUUUUCUGCAUAGUCUAUUCGAAAAGAGGACAAUAUUUACCAAAGUUCUGUUAUUGAACAAUCAAAAGUUAUCAAAAAGUGGCAGCAUACAAAAUGGCAUCAGGAGGGUCCUUGUUGUGAAAUUUGAAGCAUCUGUGCAUGUUCAACAACUAGUUUAUUAGGUGUAUCCAAUAGAGGAUGGGGAUUUGAUUUUCAACAAUAAAUAGUCAAAUUUUCAAAAAAAUUAUCCUGACUCACCAAAUAC